AAUGUCUUGCACCAUGUCAUUAAAACGAUGCACGUUGUGUUUCGCUACUAUUAGAUCAAUGCGUAUGCUUCCAACCACGUCAAAAAAACUACAAACUGCAGCGUCUCAAAAUGAAGAAACAGUUGAUAUUGUGAUAUCGGGUGGCGGCAUGGUCGGGACUGCCAUGGCAUGUGCACUUGGUCAUGAAGAACUUCUAAAAGACAAGAAGAUUGUGUUGUUGGAAGCUGCGUCCAAGAAGAACUACACUGUGCCAGAUACAUUCAGUAACAGAACAUGUGCUAUAAGUCCAUCAUCUGUAGACUUACUUAACAGUGUUGGUGCAUGGGAAGAAGUAGAAAACAUGCGAUGUCAUCCUGUGAAAAGAAUGCAGGUUUGGGAUUCCUGUUCAGAUUCCCUGAUUGCAUUCAGCAAAGAGAAUCUCUUAGAUGAUAUGGCUUAUAUUGCUGAGAAUGAUGUUAUAGAAGAAGCACUGAGAAAGCGUUUAGAAGCAGUGUCAGACCGUGUGGAUGUCAGGUAUCAGACAUCGGCUAAAUCCUACAUCAUCCCAGGAGUAACACCAGGACAUGCAGAAACACACCAAAAUUCCUGGGUAACUGUUGGACUACAGGACAACCAUGUGCUGAAAACAAAACUUCUGAUUGGAGCUGAUGGUAUAUUUUCUGCAGUGCGUAAAGCAGGUGAAUUUCACACAUUACAAAGGGAUUAUAAUCAGACAGCUGUUGUAGCCACGCUUCAAGUGGAUGAGUCAGUUGAUAACUCUGUAGCUUGGCAACGGUUCUUGCCAACAGGUCCUAUUGCCAUGCUGCCACUGUCCAAUAAAUAUUCUAAUCUUAUAUGGACAACAACACCUGACCUUGCCAGGAACUUGAAGGAAAUCCCAGAGGAGAGUUUUGUUGAUGCUGUUAAUGAUGCUUUUUGGCAUGACCGAGACAGGAAUGAUUUGGUGGUGAAGGCGGGGGAAAUGUUCCAAAGAGUGUUAAAUACAACAACGGAAGGAGGAGGUGGUUCAUUUCAGCAAAUACCGCCAUCAGUUGUGGGUGUAGAGGCAAACAGUAGGGCUUCCUUCCCCCUUUCCAUGACUCAUGCCUCCAAUUAUGUUCUUCACAGGGUGGCAUUGCUGGGGGAUGCUGCACACAGAAUCCAUCCUCUGGCCGGUCAAGGAGUAAACUUAGGGUUUGGGGAUGUGGCUUGUCUGCGGGACCUUCUGGCUGAGACUGUUUCCAAUGGCAGUGAUGUGGGUUCCCUGCUGCACUUGACACAGUAUGAGACAACUCGACAGCGAGCAGUCAUUCCUGUUCUGGCAACAAUUGAUGGUCUACAGAGACUUUACAAUACAGACUUCACCCCAGUUGUCCUCCUGAGAUCAUUAGGGCUCCAGGCCACUAAUUCCAUGGCCUUUGUUAAGGACUAUCUGGUGAAAGGGGCCUCUGGUUGAUGGUGCUGUCAGCAGUUUAACUGGAAUCCUGUAUCUUCUGAUGUUUUGUUAUUACUGUUGAGCCUAAUGAAAUUAUACAAUAUUGAUAA